CUCUCAGUCCCUGAGCUCAACAUCCGUAACAAGCAGUCACUGAAAAUCCACGUGGUGGAGGCCGGGAAGGAGUUUGACCUGGUCAUGGUGUUUUGGGAGCUGUCGGUCUUGCUCCCCCACAUGGCCCUAGAGCUGCAAUUUGUGGGCGAUGGCCUGCCCCCCGAGAAUGACCAGCAGCAUUUUACCCUGCAGAGGAAUGGCCCAGGAGUGUCUGUCAGUCCUGGUUCCAGGGUAUCACGGCGCCUCAGCUCCGGGACCAAGGAGAAGGGGGGCUGCAGGGACUUGCAGAUCAAGGUGUCUUCGCGGCCCUACCACCUGCUCCAGGGGCCCAAACCUGACCUGGUUAUCG